UGUGGCUCCACCAUUCUGAACACCAACUCCAUGCUGGCAGAAGGAAAAAGAGGACAUGAACAAGACACACCCACACCCUGAACCCUCUGGCACAAAUGGAUGGAUAAGAACCAUCAGGAGGCAUAAUGAAUGGAGAAGGGGAGGAGCCACAGACAACUUACGGGUGAUAAAAGUGCGGUGGGGCCAUAGACUGGCUUAGGAGCUGAUGGAUGCAGUGACUACCUGGAGUCCAGUUGCCAUUAAGCCCCAGAAGAUCAUUUGGAAACAGGGCGGGCAUUUAGAAUCCAUGGGCAAUUAUGGUAAUUUAGAAGUCUUAUCACAUUCUCCACCAUAUCUGUGGGAUUCUUUUCUUUUCUUUUUUUUAAUGUGGGAUUUAUUUUUAACUUGUCUCCAACCCUUUCUCCCAGCAAAUGGGCAGCCUUGUUUCCAAGGAGAAUCUUAAAAUCGGUGAGUGGUUCCAGUUUCCUCGUUUAUUGCUUGAGGCACAGUCCUACUGGAUUGCUGGUAAUAAUUUUUACAGCCAGCUAGAGGCCUCCGCUGGGCAAAGCUCUGAUGGCUCAGAGGGCCUACAAGAGACAACAAGGGCCCAGGAGAGGGGAAGUAGGAGGGAGGUUCCUGUUGACUCAGCGUGAGAAGAGGAGGAAGAGCAGAAGAACAGCCAGCAGCGUUCAGAAACAAGGAAGAAGGUCACCCGCUUGCUUCGAUUUCUCUGGUAAAUAUUUGACUGGAUGUUUGCCUGUUCCGUGAGUUUUCUGGGUGCUGUGAAGAGAACGGGGUGGAACUCCGGACUGUCAGAAGCAGUCAUAACCAAGAGGCUGGAGAAGCUCAAAGGACAACCCGAGAAGCAAAUUGCUCACCGGGGCUGCGGGUGGUGCUUUCCCACCGAGAUGAUUUCCACGGCGGAGAGGACAAGGCAGUUAAAUGGCACCUGUGCUGGCUUGGUGGACAUGGAACUCUUUCUCCAUUAUUCCCUCAUCCCAUCACUUUUCAUCAUUUUGGUCUUGUCCUUUCUCCAAAGACGGGAGCACUGCAAACAGAGGGAUGACACUUCUUACCUCUUGGAGAACCACUUUGGAAUUAUCAUACCUCUGGACUUCGUGGGCACCUUUAGUAACCGAUGGUCCUACGGAAUUGCCUUCGGAGCCACAGCCAAUAAGGUCAUGUUCCUGUUCUCAGAAGGCUCCCAGCUCCUGCAGAUCCCGCAGUGGGCCCAAGCCUUUGUGCUUCUGAUUGGAGGCUUCGAAGUCGGCCUGUCCCACUUCCCCUUCUUUGCCUGCCUCUCCUCGGAGUUCCAGCUGGCCAGCUCCAUCCUGGGCUUCCUCUACUCUCUGAUCUGGUUUGCUGUCACCAUUCUUCACAUCAUACAGUGUCCCCAUGGGCAGUUUUUGGGGAGGUAUGAGACCGUCAUGUUCUACUGGCCCUCGCUGCUGUGCCUGUCCUUCCUGCUGGGCCGCUUCCUGUACAUGUUCGUCAAGUCUCUGAGGGUCCACCUGGGCUGGGAGCUGCAGACGGAAGAAAAGCCGUUUCUGGAAAUCCAUCAGGCAGAGCACGUCAAGCAGCUCCUGCGGAAGCCCCCCCUGCAAGAGAAGAAAAAGUCUUGGUUUCAAAGCAGGAUCUACGAGUGGGACCCCUGCUUCCAGUUCCCAAGCAGAAUGAUCGGAACCGCCGUGUUGGCUUCCAUCUGCCUGUAUCUCUUCAUUGUCAUUGAGUUCUGCGUGUUCGUGUAUGUGAGAGACCAGCUGGAUGUGUUUGAAGGCGAGUUAGAGCGCUACAUUGCCUCCGUGAACCAGACCGGGACCCUGACCCCAGUCAUCCUGCAGAUGAAGGAGCUGAUGAACAUCUCCAAAGGAGUCUGGGUGGUUACCAUUCUUCCUGCCUUCCUCACGUGUGUGAGCUAUCUAUUCCACAUUUUGGCUUGUUACAGAAAGCACGUGAAGAGGUUGUGGGCAGGAAAUAAACACUUUCUCCCUCUGAAGUUCCGUAACCCUUCCUCCUCAGGGAGUGUGGCGGCCAUUGCAAGGUACUCUGGCUGGCAAAUAGCCUACAUUUUGUGGGGCUACCUCAGUCUCCACGUGGUGCAGAGCCUGUGUGGCAUGGUGAUCAUGUACAGCCUGGUGUUGCCCAUCAUCCACAACCAGGGCCUGGAGAUGCUCCAAGGACUGGGCAUUGGAAUCCUCACCAUAUCCAUCGUCCUGGGUCUCAUGAUCCUGCAGGUAUGGAUCGCCGCCAGCUUCUUCCUGCAACCCAAGAUGGGCACAGCUGACAAGCAGAAGCCCUUGGCGCUCAACAACAGGAAAGUGUUCCACAACUUCAACUACUUUCUGUUCUUCUACAACGUGCUGCUGGGCCUGGGCGCCUGCCUCUCCAGGCUUCUCAUCAGCUGCAUCCUGGGCACAUGGCUGAUCGCCCGCAUCGACAGGCCCAUCAUGCAGAACGGCUACGAGGGGGCCGACAUGGGGUUCAGUGCAUGGGUUGGCAUGCUCUAUGUGGACCAUUAUCACACCAACCCCGUGCUCGUCAGCUUCUGUCACAUCCUGCUCACAGGCCUGAGGGAGAGGAAGCUGCAGCAGGCCAUCAGAUGUGAGCACCUGCGUCAGUCAGCAGGUCCCCGAACCUUGGCGAGGCCCAGGACAAGGUGGCGCCUGCUACAGACCCUGAUCAACAACCCCAGACUGGGCAUGCUCAGAAAGUCAAAACCAGACCACGGCUCCCAGGAGUUCACCCAGGUCCUGCUCACGUGCUCGGAGAGCUGACGUGGACUCCGGCACCGCUCCUCGCCACGCCCGGAUGACUGCUGCCGAGAGGAGGCCCCGGCUACCCAGCAGCUGCCCCCCAGAGCGAUGGCAUGCCCAGCCACUGUCCACAUAGA